AUCUGGACCAAACUUGUCACACAGACCCAACAUGACCAACUUUGAAUGCAGGUGAGGUUUUGGGGUAACUGACCCUAGUUUCUGGGAGUUGUAGUUCACCUGCAUCCAGAAAGGACUGAAUCCAGCCAAGGGUGGAUCUGGACCAAACUUGUCACACAGACCCAACUUGGCCAACUUUGAAGGCAUACAGAGUUUGUUGCUGAUUGAUCGUGGAUUCUGGGAAUUGUAGUUCACCUACAUCUUUAUUUCUCCUAUUACCUCAUCCUCUCCAUAUUGCUCAGGUUGAACACCAAUCUCUUUUUGGGAGAGGACUGAGGCAAAGAAUGUGUUGAGCAGCUCUUCCUUUUCCCUAUCCCCUGUUAACAUUUCACCAUAGAUGGGCUGCUGGGAGUUGUAGUCUGGCAUUCUCAGGAAGGGCUGUUACAUUUCCCACAGCUGCUUCAUACACUUUAUUUCUUUCUGGAAAAGGAAUGUACCUUUCCCCUCACCUAUAAGAAAGACUUUGGACGUUUUACAAACCAGCCGUUUGGUAUUUUUCCACUUACUCUUUGCUUUCAUAGUAACGUGGUUACAAAUAUUUUCUUUGGUGUUAUUUUGUCAAUGUGGGAUAAUGAGGACAUUCCUGGUCUGGCUUCCUGCUGCUGUGGAAAUUUUGUGUCAAGGGAGCUCCCACCCAGAGCGGUGAAUGUGCUUUCCACGUAAGAGCCACUGUCUGGUGCAAUGACGAUGAAUGGGCCUGAAUGGAUGAUAUUGUGCUUACUCUUAAAAAGAGGAGGAGGAGGAGACGGAAACUGGGAAACGCUGUGUGAAACCAAACAUUAGCACUUUAAUCCGACAUUGAAAGCAGUAAAGCAGCAGCCUCUUCUAAAGAGGUUUUGGCAGGAGCAUCACUGAGGAGAGGAAAGGAGGCAAAAUGAGGGCAUUGCCUCCUAAUAGGUAUUCUGCCCCUAAGGAAAUUUUCCUUCCGUCUGUAAAUUUCUUGCAUUGCUGAGAGGGAGACAUUGAAAAUCAUUUCCACCCAGCACUCUUCUAUUUGCUGUGUUCACAUCUCCUUGGUAACUGUGCCUGCCUCUUUUCCUUGGGAGCCUAAACUGUAUUUCUGAAUGCUGAAUAGCAUUUUAAAGUUACUGCAAUACAAAAAAAAUGCGUGUGGAAGGAAAACUUCAUUUGCAAGGGCAGAAUUCUUACUGGGGGCAAUGUCUUCAUUUUGCUCGCAUCCCCUGCGGUUAGCCCUUUGUUUUUGGUGAUCCACACAUUAUUUUAAAUUUUCCCCUCAAACUUAUUCUAGCAAGACAAACUUCCUUACAAAGACUCAGCACUUGGACAACUUCUUUGACAUCUGGAGAAGAUGCAAACCCUGGAGGAAAUGCAUAGGAGACUACCAAUGAAAGUGAAGUCACCUCCUAACAAAAAAGGAACUGCUAAUUUCUUCUGUGAGGAGGCUUCCAUAACAAGAAGUUCAGUCCCUCCAGCAACAACAAUGACAAUGGAACAAAGUCCCUUGCAUGUAGUGGUGAGCCAAAACGCGGAGAUAAGCUGUAACUACACAUCCCAGAAAGAGUUAAAUUUACUCAAAAUCUCGCUGCUUAAAGGGGUGGAAAAAAGAGUCCAUGUCUGCUCAUAUUCCUGGAACACAACAUCAAAUGCAACAAAAACAGAAAGAGACUUUAACUGCUGGGUGGAUUUUGCCAAAAAACAAAACAAAACAACUUUCCACCUCCAGAAUUUACACGUCAAUCAGACGGACAUUUAUAUCUGCAAAAUUGAGGACUUAUACCCACCACCAUAUGAAGCCAGUGUAAGCCAUAACGGGACUUUAAUUCACGUGAAAGGUGUUUCUGAAGUCCCGGUAUGUCAGUGCCACCAACAUGGAUUGGAAUACAUGCUGAUGAUAGCAGCAAUCAUCAUCUUUAUUGUCUACAGUGUAACAGUAACGGCAGCUUGUUACUAUUGCUGGCGGAAAGCGAAGAAGAAUAGGAUUGUUCGGAAUGACUAUUUCAACAUGACACCUUGGCAGAGUAAUGGCGUAAAGAAGAGGCAACUUCCCCAGAGUGUCCCAGCAAGGAACUACACUGCCUAUCGAUCGUGGGAGCCAUGAUGCAUGCGUGACACACUUGUCCUCUUCCUCCCAUGGGGAAUGCAGCAGUACAUUCUGCCUUUUGUUGUAUGGGAACUGAUGGAUCAUAUCAGGUGACAGAUACUAGCAAGAGAAAAAGAAUAUUCAGUAGCACAAAGAAUUAAAACUACAUGUUAACUUUCACAUUAAUGACAGAAAAGAAAGAAGAAGAUUUAGAACUGGGUUGUAAAUAGUCACAUAGGCCUGUCAUUCGUUUUAUCGAAGCACUGCCUUGUGAUCUCCACAGACAAUAUUUAAAUUGUAAUCAAACUGUAGCAAAUCUACCACACAAAAAUCAUAGAUAUUUGUUGUUUUUUUAUGCCAAAAGGGGAAAUGCUGAAUUUACAGUUCAAAACAUGUGUGGAACAGAUCAGAAACAUCUUACUUAUUUGGCCCCAUGAAGAACUUCAUGCUAUUUUAAAUGAAGUGUGUGAUUAGCAGGAUAUAGCUUUGCCAUGUAACUCUGUAGAGAGUACAAUUUUUUUCAUGGUGAAUUAAUUCCAUAUACUCGUAAAACAAUCAAUCUGUAAGUGGUUUCUGGAGGGGCCUUGAAGGGAAGGGUGGAAUGUACAUCCAUAUGAGAAAAACUCUUGAAAUUUAUAGACUCAUCAACAUUUGAAAAAAAGUUCUAGAUGAAGAUGCAGACAAAGAAAAUCCUCAGCAAUGAGAGGAGAGCUAUUAAUUCCAUGACAAUCAAAGUAGUUCCCAAUUAAAUCUGUAAGAUCUCACAGUGGGAUGUACUUUCAUUUUUUUGACAUUAGGUGCAAUCUUGACACUGAAAUGAUAGCAAACACAUGGCUUAGGAUUAACAACCAAUGUUUAUAUUUCUGUACCAGAUCAGCUAAGUUCUAACCUAACACUGUUUUGUUCUGUUGCAUUAAUCUUGUCAUUCACGUAUUAAAGAAAAUCCAAGCUAUAAUUUA